AUGAUUUUUUUUGGAUCCAAUGAGGAACGCAAAUCAGAUGACGUUCCUAAGUUGGGACAUGAUCCAUGUAGGAUAGUUUUGCGCAAACUUCCUGCUGAUAUGGAUUAUGAUCGCUUCGUUGAUAAAAUAGCCAGCUUGAAAGGGGUCAAGUCGUACUAUUUCGUCCAAGGUAGUGUCUCCAGCGACCUCAGUGAGUCUCCAGUUCACUCGCGAGCCUACCUUCAAAUGGCAAGCGCAGAGCACAGCAAGUCUGCUGUGCGACAAUUUCGGAAUUCUAGUCAGUCAGUCGAUUUUGCUUUUGCAAAUUCGGAUAUACAGAAGGCUCUAAACGAAUCUGUUCCUGCACCAUUUAUUCCAGGGCAUCAAAAAAGCAAAACCAAGCUGGAAGACUCACCAUUAUAUCAAAGCUAUAUGAAGAUGGCUGCAGGUGAGAUUACUGAAGAGGAGUUCCAGAGUCCCUAUUUGGCGAAACCUAAAAGGAAGAAAGCGCCCAAACAGGCUCGCAGUCCGUCUUCUGAAAGACGAAAUGAAGCGACCGAGAAAAUAAACGACGCGUCGAAAAAAAAGAAGGAGAAAAAGGAGCAGAAGGUAAAGAAGGAGAAAGAGAAAAGUACGAGCGCGCAGCAGAAAUCAAAGAAAGGUAAGGCCAAGAAAUCCAAAGACAAUCAAAAAAACGGUGAACAAAACAAGAGCGCCCAGGCCGAACCCUCAGCCAAGGUUCAGAUCACUUAA